AUGGUGACUCCGCCUCCUAUCCCGAGCCAGGCAGAUGUUUCACCGGAUCCCCCCGCAAUUCCAGUUGAGCCACCCACUGCUCAACCUUCUCCUCCAGCUCAACCUCCUACUCAACCUUCGACAUCACCGCAUUACCAGAGCACCGAGGCCGAUCCCUUGCGUCGCUCUCCACCAGCUACGUCACCUCCAGAGCCAUCUCCUGUGCCUCCCUUAGCUCCUUCUGGGUCAGCUGCUGGGCCUUCUAACUCCGUCGAGGGACCUUCACAACCGCUUCCACCUGCCCCUCUUUAUUAUCGUACCACUGCUCCUUCAGAGGCUGGACUACAGUCAAGGCGUGAUGUUCCCACCAGCUCCUUGAUCAUGAAAGGUCGUCUAGCCACUGUGUGGGAAGAAAGCAAGCGUCAGAUGGAACUUCUGCCACCCCUUGCCCAGAUGGAUAGAUUUUCUGAGCUAUACAUCAAGGUCUGUGCAGAAUCCUUGACGGUAAAUCAAUCCUUUCACGUAGCCCAUCAUCAAAAUAAGAUGCUGCAAGAUAAGGUAGCUAAGCUGGAACUUCAGCUGAGCAACCUGGCGCAGGCCAGUCAUGCCCUGAGGGCUGAAGUAAAAGCUCUAACAAGAAAGAAGAAUAGUCUUGAAGUAUCCUUGACUAUAUCUGACCAAAAGCUUAAGGGCCUCAGGGAAGAGAAGAGCCAAGUUGAGGUUGUGCACUAG